UUUCUUGAAAGUGUUGGCUUUGUCAAUGUUGACGCUCAGGACCGGACAGAUCAAUUUGUACAAGUCCUUAAUGUGGAACUUAAACGGACGCAGGAGAUCAAGGAGGACUUUUUAAAGGUAAGGGCUCUAGCAGCAGUUAUGAGUAAGACACGUCUGUAUUUUGUGAUUGGAAGAAAUACUGGCACUUUUUGGGUUGUUGGGACCUGACUUUUCUAAAGCUGACAACAUAGCCUUUUUAAAUAAGUAUCUAACCUUUUUUUUUCUCAACCUUAUCUUGCUGUAGAGUUUCUCUGAAGAGGACUAUACCUACAUUAUUGAUGGUUGGAAAGAAAAACUGCAUCGUUGCAGUCUGGGAGACCAGCGCUGGGGCUUGUUCUAUGCAGAGAAACCACGUGACACAAUCUUAUAA